CAUACCAACCAAGGGGUGCUUGCCCAAGAAGCUCUGCAGAAUAAUUGCUAUUAGAAAAGACCUCUAAGACUCCAACUUUCACACACACAGACACACACACACAGAGAGAGAGAGAGAGAGAGAGAGAUUGCUAUUUAGAGAAGACCGCAAAGACUCGAACUUUCACAGAGAGAGACAGAGAGAGAGAUUUCUAUUAGAGAAGACCUCAAAGACUCCACUUUUCAGAGAGAUAGAGAAAAAGAGAGAUUGCUAUUAGUGUAGACCUCAAAGACUCCAACUUUCAGAGAGAUAGAGAGGCAGAUUGCUAUAAGAAAAGACCUCAAAGACUCCAAGCGAGAGAGAAUGGAGAGGAAGGUGGUUUUGGUGUGCGGUGCUGUUGGGUUCCUGGGGCUACUUGCUGCUGCUCUGGCUUUUGGUGCAGAGGCUACAAGGGUGAAGGUCUCCGAUGUAGAUACCACAUCACCUGGUGACUGCAUAUAUCCAAAGAGCCCUGCUUCGCCUCUUGGAUUAACAGCUGCCCUGGCACUUUUGGUGGCCCAAUUAAUUAUAAACAUUGUUGCUGGCUGUGUUUGUUGCCAGAGGCAUCAAAAUUCCUCCAAUUCCAACAGGACAUUAGCGUUGAUCUCCCUGAUUGUUUCUUGGGUUACUUUUACCAUAGCAUUUCAGCUAUUGCUGACUGGGGCUGCACUUAAUGACCAGAGAACUCAGCAAAACUUGUAUUGCUAUGCUGUCAAACCGGGGGUGUUUGCCGGAGGAGCACUGCUAUCUCUUGCUACUGUUUCUCUUGCCAUUAUUUACUAUGUCUCUCUAUCGACAUUCAAUACCACAAAUACACCACAUUUCAACCAGAACCAAGGCAUUGCAAUGGCACAACCAGAAAUCCCCCCUCAGAACACUGAACCAGUUUUUGUCCAUGAAGAUACUUACAAAAGGAGACAAUUCCCCUGAUCAUACACAUUCAACAGCUUAUGGACAGUUUGAGUAGAGUUUGUUAUGUGGAUUGCUUGAUUAUGAAUUAUAAUUAUGAUUCAAAACCUUGUGACUUUGGGGAUUCUCUCUGAAUAUUCCUAGUUAUUCCCCACCUCACAUACGGAUGGAUGCAAACAAUAGUUACUGUUGUUGUUGUUGUUGUUGUUGUUGUUGUUGUUAUAAUACUGUAAUGUAAUACAAUACAAUAGCUUGUAUAAUUUUGGCUAUUUGCUUAAAGGACAGAGAGAUACAAUAGUUUUGAUA